CUGAUCUACAUGUGAUGGUGACAGCUAAAUUGUUUACUCCCCCACAACAACGCUUUGAGGCAAAGACAGCAAGGAAACAUUCUUGCCAAAACAACACAGAUUGUUGCACAUGGCAAUGUGACAAGUUAGUCAGGUAUUCGAGAAAAGGCAGUUCCAGAAUGUGACAGAAUUCAUGCAUCUUUGCUGAAUAAUAAUUUCAUGCUAUGCAAUCUAAAUGAAAUAUAUGCAACACUUGUUCAGGAAUGUACUCCCGGUUUUAAAAUCUGUGAAAUCUAGGAAGACUACUAUUGGAAUUUUAAAAUUUACUUAGCAUAAACCAAGUUUAACCAUUCUUCCAAUAUGGUGAAUGUCAGAUACAGUGAAAAUUCUAUCAUGUAUUGUAAAUAUCACAAAGUAUAUGUAUCAAUUAAUAUCAUAUCAGGGAACUACUGAUGAAGGCAUGAUUGAUGCACUUCUAUAAUUCAAUAUAAAGACAAAUUGUUCCAUAAAGGCCAAUAAUUACUGGGAAGAUAAACCCAGAGAGGCAGGAAAUUAUCGAAUAUAAUCUCAAGAGUAUUGGAUAUCCAAUAAUUUUGUUUUAAAAGGACAACGAAUCCAGUUGCGACAAUUGAAAUGUCUACACAUUUGUGGCUCAGGAACCUCCUUCUUACACUAAUUAUGUCACAGACACUCCCAAGAACACACUCAGCUAAUGUUGAAACAAGUGUUAACUUGUCGUCUGCUGCUCCAAUGCCUGUCCCUCCCCUCUUCUUUAAUGGAACAGUCCAAGUGUAUUUGCAACCAGAAUCAAUCAAUGAGCUUGUUCGAGGCUGCAACUCUACCAUCCACUUUAAUUUUACCUUUGGUGACCAUACUGUUGGUGACAAGAGGGAACGAGAAAUUCAAGACAUUAAUUCAACAUCAUUUUAUGCUAAAGUCACAACCGGCAAUGCUAAUAUAGUGAAAUUCAUUCUUCCCGCUGAUAUGGUCGGGAAAGAACCACAGAGGAAGGAAAUCUUCGAUAUACGAUUGACACACGAGCUAAAGUUACCACUGCAAAUCAAUGGUGUUAAUAAUUUUACAAUCCAAGCCAUGCAAAUAGGCUAUGUUACUGUGUUUGUUACUAUUUUUGGUACCGGAUCAUAUGUGAUGGCUAAAACAUCACAAAUGUCCCAAAGUGUAGGACAAGGGGACAUGAAAGUUGCAGUAAUACCUCGUCAAAAGACUGCGGAUUUUGUGUUUGACUGUUCUGCGGCAGCUGUUGCUAUCCUCAUAAGCUUUGGAAUUGGGUGUGUCACAGAUACGGAAAAUCUGAAACGUCAGUUGAAAUUCCCAGUGUCACUGGUGAUUGGAUUUUGCUGUCAGUUCCUUGUCAUGCCUGUCCUUGCCUUUGGUCUGGCCAUGAUCCUACCACUUGAGAAGAACGUUCGUUUUGGGCUGCUGUGCGUGGCGUGCGUGCCUGGCGGGGGUCUGGGACAUGUGGCUGUCAUCAUCAGCAAGGCCGACCUACCUCUCUCCCUUACCAUGAACCUCAUAUCCACUGUAACCAUGCUUGGAACAGCACCAUUAUGGAUAUUUGUCCUGGGCCAGUACUUCCAGCAGACAGAGGGCUCCAAAAUCAUUCCAAUAUACAACUUCGAAAUCUGGCUUGCGUCCACGUUUUUCGCGUACACCACAGGACUUGUGAUCAACAGAUUCAAACCAAAUGUUGCGGAUGCUUUGUUAAACUGGUUCAUCAAACCAUUCCUUCUUCUGACCACCAUUCUGUACAUUACCGUUGGCGUGUACAUCAACAUGUACGUGUUUGAAACUUUCGAGAAUGUGACAAUCCUGGCAGCUAUCCUUCUUCCACUAUGUGGCAUUGUCAUUGGCACAGUACUCUCCAUCAUUUUUAAACAAAAAUCAAAUUUCUGCAAAACCAUUGCUAUGGAAACCUCUAGUUUAAACUGUUUAAUAGUUUUAGCCGCUUUGCGGUUCUCGCUCAAUCAGCCUGAAGCAAAUUUAGCAUCCGUUAUACCUAUCUGGGUCAUGUUUACCAUUCCUGCAGUGUAUGUGAUUCUUGCCAUUGUUAGCAUCAUCAAAACUAAAAUAGACAGAUACCUUGAAAGUAGGAAAAAGAAUCAAACACGCCAUUACAGUAUAGCCUCCGGAAUCGUAAAUCAGGCAAAUAUGGCAGCCCUUUCGGCACCUUUGUUUGUCACGGAGACGGCAAUGGAAGAUGACAACCAGUCAAACGUCAGCGAGAAGAUUACAGUGUUGUAGCCUCUAUAACUACCACCAAUGAUUGUGACUAAUCCAUAUGAUCUAUGGGAGAAUCUUUACCCAAAAGUUUAACUGUGAUACCCGAAGGUUUUUCAUGUUCAUCAAAACCAGAUAUUUUCUUCCAUCAGUGUGAGAAAUCCUUCACUGUGUAACCAUCACAACUGCUGAGGAACAAAAUCAGUCUGUACAUCAGUGAUGCCUUGGGCUUUGUUGGAAGGACUUUUAAAGCAUGAUUACCUGUAAUGUUUAUAUGAUUAACUGUACUUGUAAAAGUCUUUUACAUCUUUGAUGUAAAACCAUGUUUCAUUGUAGAACAAUGGGGAUCGAAACUGUAAGUAUCUGAGCCGUUUUCAUUAACUGUUAUUGUUUUUUUUCAUAUUCAGACUCUAAUUACAUAUUGUGUACAUUUAAAACAUGUAUUUGAAUUAGUUUUGUUCAAAAUACAUUAAUUGUAAAUGGCAUCAGACCUUACUUGGAAAUUGACUAUGUACACUUACAGAGCUAAGUUAUGAACAAGAUUAAAUGCCUGACAAACUCCUACCAGACAUAAUGCAACUGGAAAAAAAAUAUUUGAUCAAAUUUAUAAUUAUUGCAUAUAAAUGGCUAGUUUAAAGUUUGCAUGUAAAUUCAUCUGUUGGGAAUUAUUUUUCACAGAUUGUGAUGUAUUUCUCAUAAUUGGUCCUGGUGACACUUAAUAAUAUAUAAUGAGUACUGUAGGAAAGGUAAAAUACAGUUCAAUCCCUGAAUUUCAAAAAUGCCACUAUUCCAGAUAUUUAAUCUAAGCAUUUCACUCAACAAAGGGAAAUGUGGCCAGUUCAAUGGGUGGAUUUAUUCUCUUAGAAUAGUCUUAAGUGUGCAAAAAGACAAUAUGAGCACAAGAAAAGUUGAUGUGAAAAUAAAAAGUCAAUAUUCAGGCCUUCGAUCUGCAGGUUUUGAAUGUACCAGUAAGAAAAGCAAGUCAGAGUUUUUAGACCUUCCCUUUCUCUAAUUAGAGGAUUGAUGCUGACUAAAAUCAAAAGUUAUACCAAAAAAAAAAGAUUAAAUAUACUCAUAAAAGAAUAAGAAUACUCCUUUUGAUCAGAUAUAGAAUGUAUAUAUGAUACAAUGUGAGCCUAUGUCAGGAGCACAACCACUCUGAAAUGAACAUAACCAAGAUUUAUCAUACUGCCACUGUUAAUCAUGCAAAUGAAACACUUUAUACAAGAUAUUUCAAAAUAAUUAGCAGGUGCACGGAAAUGAUGAAAGAUCAAACUAGAUCAUACAAAAUAUAUUCUGAAAAUGCUGUCUGCGAAUCUUAAAAUACGAACUGAAUGGAAUGAAUAUAUUUGAGUAGCUGUAAGGUUUACACUUAGACUGUAUAAUGUACAUGUAUAAUUAAUUUUUAACUUAGAAAUUUGUAUAGAUGUCAUUAACAUUCAUGUAUAGCAGUUAUAUAGUCAACUUUGUGUCAGGCAUUGUAAUAAAUAUUGUGUAUUUGUUAUAAUUAUACGAGGUAAAUCUCUGUGAAAUUGUAUUACAAUGUUGUUCCUAAUUUGACUUGUUCAACCUAGUUGAGUAAAAAUUAAACCGUAAAACCUGA